UCAGAACAACAGCAUUAGUAUUAGCAGCUUAUCUGUAUUAGCGCCUGCUGCUCCGGUAGCCCCCCACACCCUCCCCCCACCCCACGGGGUGGGUGUGCAUUGUCGACGCUGUUACUGUCUCUUUAAAUUUACCCAGGAGCCCCUUAAGGAGCCCCAGGGGCCCCUAGUCCGGCUCCCCACCCUGAAGACAAGCAAGAGCCUUAAAAUACAUUACUGGAGGCCUGCGCUGGCGCUUCCACACAGAGCAGGACGGAGGAGCGGGCUCUGUUCGCCGGCGGAAUACAUGAUUGUGUGAUUAUAUGAAAAGUUAACUUGGCUCCCGUGCGGGGCGCGUGGGGGGACAUCGUACAGCACGGGCUCCUCAGCGAUGGGCUCGUUAUAGAGCGCCAGCCAGAUGCGUGUCGAACGGUGUCGAGCGGUGUGAACAUGUUUCUGUUGUAACAUGUUGUUGUGAGUGUGACAUGUCCCGCUUCGGCGCUACGGUACAGUGAAGGAAGGAGGAACUAGCCACUAUUCAACAGCAGCCAGGCCAGUGAUGGAAGAGAAAGAAACGGGGGAACGCGAGCCUGUGGACCUCCGGUGUGCCGAGCAGGCUGAGCUGCUCUCAUUAAUAAUAAGCGGAGAAGAGGAAGCGACGCAAGAGGAGAGUGACUUGGGAGAGGAGGAUGGCCUUGCCAAUGGCCAUGGUGAGGAGCAGUCGGGGGCUGGCAUGGUCACACCUGGCAAAUCUCCUGGUACCAGCUACUGGAGCAUCACAGAAGGCCCCGACCACCCACUCCUCCUCUCCCCAGCCCCUGGGCCGUCUGGACGAAAACCCAGGGUCCAAAGGGCCUCACGUCCAGGCCUCAGUCGGAUCCCAGGUCGGGACCACCGCCGCUACUACCAUGAGUACUGGCGCAGCGAGUACUUGAUGGACUUUGACCCUCAGCGACAUGGGAUGAUUUGCAUGGUGUGUGGCAGCUCACUGGCCACCCUGAAGCUCAGCACCAUAAAGAGGCACAUCAGACAGAAGCACCCAGACUCCCUGCUGUGGAGCGCCGCCGACAAGGAGGUGAUCCGCUCAGGCUGGGAGAGCCACCUGAGCCUCGGGGGAGGUCACAGGACGUACAGCUCUGUUGUUGGACCUUCACCUCAGGAAGAAGAGGAGCAGCUGGACUCAGGCCAACAUGCUGAUGCAGAACCUCUGGAUCCUGUGACGCCCCAGGAGCAGCCACAACAGCCUCUCAGCCUUUCUCCUCAGUCUGAGGAGGUUGAAGCCCAGCAGCCCCAGGAGGAGGAGCAGGAUCUCCCUGGUCCGUCGGCUCAGACCCUGGAACGCUACCUGAAUGACUCGCUACACGCCUGGUUUCGCCAGGAGUUCCUGAUGGAGUAUGAGGCGGAGGCUGGCCGGCUGCUGUGCAUGGUGUGCGGAGGAGAACUGCCCUCGCUUCACCUGGACCACAUCAAGAGCCAUGUGCUGGACACUCACCCCAACUCCCUGGUCUACAGCUCUGAGGAGAAGCACUGCAUCCUGCAGGCCUGGGCUCAGACUCAUGAAGAAUUACAAAACUCAAUCAAAUCAGAGCCCAGCACCAAAGAAGGUGGGGUGGACCUCUUUGCUCAGGAUGUGGAGGCCAUCCAGAUUGACGCAGACUUGUACCCAGGAAGUGAUGGCACUUUAACUCAGGACACUUGUCUUAUCGGUGAGGACGGAGGUGUUGGAGCUCCGCAAGAGGGACCCCAGCCGCCCCGCCAACCCAAGAAGAGGCGGCUCCGCGGAGGCGAUCCAUGGCGGCUCCGCCUCGACUACCUGGUGGCCUACGGGCCUCAGGGCCAGGACACGUUCUGCAUGGUGUGUUCUCAGGUUCUGCAUGAAACCAAGGUCAGCAGCUUCCGCCGCCACAUACAGGAAUGUCACCCUGAGGCCACAACGCUGAGCCGACAAGAAAGGGAAGCCAUGGCUGCUGCCUGGACCAAAGAUUAUUCUAGUGAAGGCAACAUUCAAGAUGAGAUCAACCUUAGUGAAGCUACGAUGGGAGAGAUGAAUGAGAGUGACACCUCCCCCGAUGUCAGAACAUCUGGUAAAAUGAUGAAGAAGGAGGAUGGUGUGAGUGGACGAAAGGGUAAAGCGAAGGACAGCAGCACCACAGCCACACCCUCUCGUCACGGCCAUUACCCUGGGAAGGAUCAGAGGAGGAACUACCAGGUGCGCUGGCGGAUGGAGUAUCUGAUGGACUAUGACUGCAGGAGACACGGACUGAUCUGCAUAGUGUGUGGAGCCACUCUGGCCACACUGAAGGUCAGCACCAUCAAGAGGCACAUCCAACAGGUACACCCCCACUCUCUGGACUACAGCCCGGAGGAGAAGCAGCAGGCCCUGCUGAGCUACAACCAGUCCGCCCUGCACUUCAUCCACUCUGAUGACUGCUUCUCCUCCCAGGACCAUGGGCAAACCGACUUGGCUCCCAGUCCAGCACACUUUGGCACUUAGAAAGGGCUUCCGUCUGUUGCUCCUCACAUGGCCCCGUUCAGAAACAGCCCUCUACUUUCUUUCUUUAAGGGAAAUUCAGGUCAAACAUGGUCUUACUCUCCUAUUCCUGCUCCAAGCCCUCUUUGUUGCCCAGUUCCCCAAUCUCUACAAUCAGUGCUGAGUAAAAUGUUACCAAGACCAGUUGUCAUAAUGGACAGAAUGAUGAGAGUAAGACCCAGGUCAGGAAACACUUGAAUUUCCCUUUAAGUUUAAAUCUGAGAGUACUGCUGUGGAUAAAGUGGCAGGUAGCAACUGCUGCAAACAACAUGACACAACCAAAAAAUGUCUUGGCCUGAUAAAAUGAAAGUCCAGCCAUUCAUUUGAAACUAAGGCCUUACUUGCACAGGAUCAGUACUACACAAGUUCCUUAUGGGAUUUAGGAAAUUCUUAUUCACAUCCCUGUGUGCACAUUUGCAUGGAUGGACAAAAUCAGAAUUUAGCAGAUAAAUCUCCCAAACAGGUUGUAUGUUUAAAUACCAUUAAAACAUGAUGUAGCUUGAUCAUUUUCCACGUCAUAGAAAACACUAUGUGAAAACCAAGGAGUCUUAAAAAAGAUUAUAUAGCCCGUAGUGAGAUGCUGAGUCAUAGUCUCUGCUGAAAUGUGGUGAGUAAUUUGCAUUAGAAAUGUAACUUUACAGAUCACACACUCUGUAGAAUGUUUAUUGGGAUUAAGACUAUAGAUUACCAUCACAAUUACUAUAUAUCACAGGGGAUCCCCAGUUAAAGGCCUGGUCAGACCAGCAUUUAUGAUUUCAAAGCAAAUCUCACUGCAAAAAUCCAAUGAAUUUGUUGUGUUUGUCAGACUUUCCUGUGCUGAGCUUCAGCUAGCUUAGCAGGCUAUAGAAAGCCUGUUAAGCUAGCCUGACAUUACCUCCACACUAGCUAGUUGUCCAUUAGCUCUGUACAAUCUCUCCUUCAUCAGUCUUUCAGAAUUUUUUUGCCUGUGAUCAGUGGACAUCUACAGUAACAUGUAGUUGCAUCAUGAUUUUAACAAAGUUAACAAUUUACUUUGUUAGCAUACACAGAAAUCAGAGCUAAACCUUUGCAGCGCGGCCACAAAACUAAUUUGUUCCACUCACUUGUGCCAUUAGCGCUACAAUUUUCUUAGCUAGCAUGUAAACUGUUAGCUCAGUAGCUACAGCAGGUUGCCACCCAGCUUCAUAAGUAGUCAUUUGAUGAAUUCAGCAGAACCUGCUUCGCAGGGACACAUACAUGGAAUCAGUUUCUGGUCUGACUGGGGGAUAAUACUGAAAAUGAGGCUUUGGACAUUAAAACUCCGCCAUGCAUUGUCCAUUUCCUUGGACACCUAAUGAGUACCUGGACUUUCAGUUUUUAAUGGCACACUGACUACUUGUAGUAUGUCCAUUCUGUCCAUUUCCAUUCUACCAGUUAUCUUUCAGGUCCAGGAAGGGGCCCGGGGCUUGUUUCUGGUUGGGGCCAGAGUCUUUCGCUCUCAGGAAGUUAGAAACAGUCUUCGGCCAGGCAGAGCUAAAUUAGUUUUACGAUAAUGUGUCUGAAGACAACACAGCACUUUGCCCUAAAAAUGUACUAAACUCCAGCUUUCCUUCUGUACAGCUAAUAGAAUGAGACUGUAUUUGAUGUUAUUGCUGAAGACAAUGAAUGCCAGUGCGCAGUCAGUGAGUUCAGAUCUCUCUAGUGUAUUUAAUUCCUUGUUUACAGUGGAGGAGAAGGAAGUCCUCCUCUCUCUCAACUAUUAUAAUGAGAUAUGUUAUCUCUGUCAUUUUGCAUUGUUGCUACAUCGGCCUGCAUCCUUUGCAUCACCCACGACUCAUCCUAGCUAAAAGCUGCACAAAAAAGAAUAUGUAAAUACAUAUAUGAAAAAUUUGAAUUAUUUUUCAUUUAUACAAGCACUUUUCUGCACCCUGGUUUCUACAAAACAUGUUUGUAAUUAUGUCCCGGUUUUUCUACUUCAUUCAAGAUUUCACCCAUGUCAUUCUUUAAUGGAUGGAGAAUAGCUUGUUGGACUUUUGCAUUCACUUUCGUUUUUUUCAUUCACUGUACAAAAUUUAUGCAACAAAAGGAGUUAAAGAAUAAUUUACAACUGUCUGAGAAAGAAAAGUCUGCCAUAAAAUGUCACUUCUUCACCUGGAAAAAGUAACUCAGGGAUUCUGUUUUCAUCAACAACCAUUUCAGUAAACUUUUAGGAUCCUGUUAAACUGUUGUGGCAUUUGAAGAUACUGGAUACAUUUAUCUGCUUUGGGUUGUAUGGUGUGAUGCCACAAAUGUUAUGGGCCAAAAUAAAGUCAUAAUGUUAGGAUAAUUAAGUUGUAACUUGAAGGAAAAAGUCAUGAUACAAAAAAGUAAAUUUAAAAGAGAAAAUUUUGUUAUAAAAUUCAAAAUAUUUUGAGAAGGUUGAAAAUUAGAACGAAGUAGUUAUUUUGAGGAAAAAAAACAUAAUAUAAUUAGAAAAAAGUAUAUUUAGAGAACAAAGUUGUAAUAUUUACAAAAUCUUUACUGGAAAAGCAAAACGUGCACAUGUAAUUUAACCAGUAUCCUCACAACAUAUGACAUUUUACUCUCAAAGAAUAGGAUGACUUUAUUCCUGAAAUGUGACUUAAUUAAUUACUUUAUAUUGUAACACAGUCACUUUUUGCUCUUGAAAUUCAGAAUUACUUAAUAUUUUUCCUCAAAUUUACGACUUGGUUCAUUAUUUUCUCAAAAUAUUUUCAUUUUAUUCCUGAAAUCUCAAUUUUUUUCUCAUCUGUGGCCCUACCAUUCUACUGUUGUACAUAAAGGUGAAUGACACAUAAAAACUAAAUUGCUACAAUUUUGAAGAAUGAUCAGAAUUGACUUUUUGAUACAGAAGCCUAAGCAGACUCUCCCUGUUACACUCUGAUAGCAGAGAAACAGUGGUGUUUCCAUUUCACUGAUCCACCCUGGCUCAGAACAGGCCCACACAUCACACUUGAAGAAAUCUGACAUAGCACUUAAUUAUUUAAAAUGGAGUAAGAUACAGUGAAAUGAAUGCUUUUGAAUUUGAAAAUGAGAUAUAAUAAUGUUUUUACUUGUAUGUGUGUGAAUGAUCAGCUUCUCAAUUUUCUUCACUUUGACUUCGUCUGCUCACAUUUCAUCUGUACAUGGCCAACAUGUGAGAUAUGCAUUCUCUCCUCCUAUGAUCUUUGAAUAAAAACUCAACACUGUGAAGCUGUUUGCUUAUUUACACAACAUGAUUUCAGCUCAAAUGUGCUGUUAAUCACAACAGCCAAGUUUGUCCAAGAUUAACCUUUUUUUGAAGAGCGAGUAGCCUUGCUAUCUAAUCUAUGUUUAGGCUUCAUGAUCCAGCUAAAUGUUACUGAGAUGUACUUGUGGAGGUCUGGACUAAAGGAUUGUUGCUCUGACAACUCUGGAUUUUCCAGAACCUUAAAAUCCAGGUUCAUGUCAGAGUGCCAGCAUUCAAUUGUUGUCCAGGUAUAAAGAGCAAGGCCCAGGCAUUACAUCACUCUGCUAUAAACACUGUACUGUAUGUUCAUGUGUAACACAUCGGCUAACAUUGUGACAUUCAUUCAGUAUUUAUGACUAAGUGGCUUUGAUUCUCUUAUGUAAUACCACAUAGGCUUUAAAUGGGAUGUCAAGUGUUCAUGUGCCUAUGAACACUGUUUCAGUGUGCUGGCUUGGUCUAAAAUUAGAAACUAUAAUCCUCCCUCCACCCAAACACUGUAACAGACAGCAGCCUCCGAAGUCAAAUCUUCUUAUUUUGGAUAUUUCAUCUGGAUGCAUUUUGUAAUCCUCUGUCCUCCUACACUGCAGGCAUGCUGGGAAAACAUAUAUUAUAAAGGUCCUCAAAUGCUCUUUAACCCAGAGACGAGUGAACAGACGCACUGAGCCUCUGGUCCUUUGAUGUGUUUUUAUUCAUUUCACUUUGACAUCAGUACAGAGACCACAUACUUUUUUUUUCAGUUUUCUUUUUUUUUUUUCUGCAACAUCUUUCCCGAAGCUUCAAAAAUUGGAACCAAAGUCAGAGCUAAUACAAAACAAAGCUGAUGUUAGUGAACAGUGUCUAGAUAACAGUAAAGAGUCAAAAGUAAAACAAGACUCCUCAGAGACAAGUAACGUCAAAUACACUCCUGCAACACACUCCCAUACCCAAUGAAAACACAAAGGGACAAACGGGAAAAGGAGAGAAGCAACAUGCUGUGAGGGAACAGGUUCAAAUAUGUGUAAAGUUUCAUUCGUAUUAUAUAUUACACUCUAAAGAAAUAAGCAAAGUACAACUGAGUAGUAGUGAUCUACUGUAUAUAGCCUUGGUAGCACACUAACAUGGGUAACAUGGCCUUUCCUGAAGUUUCACUUAAAGGUGCAGUGCAUAAUGAGCUUUCAUAGCACAACACUUGUGGGGUGAGGUCAGACUGACAGAAUGGUUCAGCUCUAAGGUAGCUGCUUCAACGUUUAAGGGUCGAUUCAAGCAAAAAUACAAGACAUACCUCCCGUGGUAUCUAGCCUUGCAGGUAGAUUUGGUUCUAUUUUGUUCUUCCAGACUUCAGAGAACAACAUUACAACAUUUCCAUGUGCAACCUUUGUCAUAUUUGCCUCGGUUUUUAAUUCAAUUCAGUGUCACAGAGAUUUCUACCUCCACACUAAGCCAAUGGAGGUUUUCAAGUGGAACAAUAAAACAGAAGUUCCUUUAAUUCUGGAUGAUCGCCAGUAACACUAUGCUUUUUUUUGCAAUUUGAUUGAACUGACCCUUUAAAUAAAAUAAAAUGUAUGUAAACCAAACAUUUAAUACAAAUGUAUUCCAGUAUUUUAUGAGGACUUUAAGAUGAAAAUUAAAAGGAUUAUGCAACUUCUUGACACUCAAAUAAAUAAACAUGAUGCAUAAUCACAUUAUCAGUCUCUGCAUUCAAGCCUGAUUCCCCCUUUCACACCCCUCAGCCACUGUGGAGGCUGUGCACAUCCUGCUUACUUCAGCCUCAGGCUAACUGACACCUCAUCAACAUGAGUACAAAGUAGGACCACAACCUGCCCAGCUAAGGGGUUUGAAGGAGGGAGGAGGAGAGGCUUAACAACAAGCAUCUGUAACAGAAACGUUGCAUAUUUUGGUUUAGACACCCAGAGUCUGAAUGAGACACCGUGCAAGACGUCAGUGAGACGACACCCGGUGGAGGGCAUGCACGGGGAGGAAUGUUCUGUCAGAGAAAACAUUCUGCUCACAGAAAGAUGUCUGAGUAGUUCGAGUUGUUACAUUGUUGCAUCGAGAGGCUCCACUGUUGGCCAUUCAGUAUUCAGGGGACGUUUGCUCAAGUGCAAACUUACUUUGGGGCAUGAGGAAAUGGAGAGCAACACUAACGGAAUUUUCUUUCCUUCUACAUACUCGUCCCUUAAAACAAUAUGGAGAUGUUGCAGUAGUACUAACAUAUGACUAUGGUUUUUACUGAGCUCAAAAACACCAUUGAAACAAUCACAAGUAAUAAUCAUAUUUAACAAAAGUCGGGGUCAAAAAUAUGAUACAGCCUAUAUAAAGGGUGAGAAUCUUUCCAGCUUAUACUAUGACGUGCUUCGUGGCAGUCAGAGAAAAAGAACAAAAUGACAAAAAGAGCUCUAUAAUAACCACUCUGAAAACUGCUUCCACAUUCCCCAGCUACACACUAUUCAGAGUAUCUCACCCCAAUUUUGUUAUACCAACCCUAAUCUUAAAAUGUCUCUCAGGUCACUGUUGAGGCUUUGUACAGAGUCUAAAAUGUGCCAAAAGAAUAAUUUUUACAUUUUCAAAUAGGACAAUAAAUUAAAUUACUAGUUAACUCUACCAUUUAAAAUUACUGGCCAGACUGACGGCAUAUUUGUGAUUCCAUUUUUUAUCUGUUUCAAAGAUAGGUUGAGGAGAAGAUAAUUUAAAAGAUUUCAUUUUUCCAUAAAUGUUAACUAUGGCAUGGGCUAAAUGCAAAAUUAAUAUAAAAAGGCUUUUGUGUUAAUAGGUUGUAAAUGAUUGUAGGAGUUAAAUUCUUCACCAUGGAAGUUUUCAAGAGCUGUCAGCCCCGUCUCAUGGUCUUCAAAGCUCUGGAAAAAUGCCGUAAGUGUUUUUAAAUUAGAUUUAUUGGAUAAAGGUCUUGGCACACUUUAGACUCCAAAGCUUUGACACUCAACGUGAGUUGAGUUGAUUUUUUUGUAAAUGAAAGUGAGCUGUGAGGACAUUUUAGAGAUUUCGGGGUGUGAUAACACAUCAGUUUAUUUCUUAACCUAUCAAACCAUUUAUGUCUCAAGAGGCCUCUGACAGACCUUCAGUUUAAGAUGAUGAAGCUCAAUGACACUAACAUAACUCUUACAAUGCUGUUGUCAAGCUAGUAGGGAGUCAAAGCAGCCAUUCUAAUUAAUAUCAAUAAUAGUAAUAAUUAGUGAUAAGAAUAAUCAAAAUUUACAAGUGAAUGUGAGAUCUCAACACUUUGUGGCUUGAACAGGUGCGACAAAAAAGGAGUUAGAACUGCUGUAAGUGAGGGAACUUUCCUUUGAUAUAAAAAGCGAGGCUAACAUUGUUCAAUACAGCAGAGAGAGCCUGUAGUUGUCUUCAGGUGUAUUUACAUACAGAAAACUGCAUCUGAUCAAAGAGGGUGAACUAGACCAAAUUAUCACAGCUGGCUCAGUGUUCCAAUCCUUUUAUUUCAACCUGCUGAUGGGUUUAAAAAAUAAAAGUUCAGUGCAUUGCAGAAACUUACAUACAGAAGUACCUGUGAGGUGAAUGGAAACAAACUCAAAACAGGCCAAUCAAUAAGAGCAAACCCAUUACCAGCUUCUAAAAAUGAACUCAUAUCUAUCCAUACAACAGCUGCAGAGCAAGAGAGCAGGAUAAGACUAUCCACAAUAACACCCAAAAGGUUGGUUUUCUUCUACUUUUUUUCUUUCUUUUUUUUUACAUUUCUGUUUUUCUUUAAUGUUUCCAGCUGAAAUUAGCCACUUAUGUUCAGGAAAAUGUGUGGUUUAAAGUACAGACAUUU